UUUAUCAAUCACUAAGAGAUAAUCUCAGAGUUUUAGGGACAAUAAGAUUGUGUUUUCAGAUGGAGGGAGGGGGAAUUAGAUUACAGCUCAGCAGAUUAUUCCCAUUCCUGACAGACAUUUUGGGUCAGAACAAGGAGACUUAACAUAAUUUUCACUUUCUAUUAACUCCAGCUGUUGAGGCAGAUGAGCAGAUAUUUUAAUUACAACUCUUGGGGUUUCCGGUCAAUUAAACUUCCACGUCCUUACAGCUCUAUCCAUGAACUGUGAAGUAGAAGAACAAAAUGCAUGAUGCUGUGAGAAUGACAUGUCUUCAGAAUUUACGCCUAAAGUGUCCCCUCCUCUCUCAGGUUGUAGUUUCCUCCUCUCCCUGCAGCUCCUCCUGCGUGCCGAUGAAAGCUGAAAGAGUUAAGAAGAUUUGGCAGCCACCGUGGCAAGCAGCCAGCCGGUGAGGGAGGAACCGGUUUCCGGUGGCCAGAGAGAGGCAGGCGGCUCACUUGCCCUGGGAUUAAAUGGGAUCGAGAGAGAUUACAGUCCUCUCUCUCUCUCUCUCUCUCUCUCUCUCUCUCUCUCUCUCUCUCUCUCUCUCUCUCUCUCUCUCUCUCUCUCCCUCUCCCUCUCUCUCUCUCUCAUGUUCCCUGCAGCUCGAUGAGUCCAGCGUUCAGUCUCUGGGGAAUAAUUUCACAUCACUUUUACAUUCGCCUGCACCUUCUUUGGGGCUGAAACCUGCAGGAGGCGGAGGAUUAAAGCGUGUUACAUCCCUGAGGGGGGCAGAUAGAAAGGUUUUUUCCAGUUCCUGUAAGCAGUCUGCAGUCCGUGGUUGAAGUCAAAGGUCGGGGGCCAGUGACCAUGAGGCAGGCAGUGGAGGCUCAGGUGUUGAGCCCCCACUGUGAGCUGGGAGAGCACGGCCUGCGUCAGAUCCUCACAGAUGUCAUCGAGGAGGUGAGGAAGUCGGUAAAUCCAGACAUUGAUGGAGCAGAGAUCCUCCACAGUCUGCUCAACGCCUCCUGGCUUCAGUCGCUGCUCAAGGUUUACGAGUGUCUUCAAAGGUACCUGAGGAACUCCCCAGCACCUGCUCUGGACUAUGCUUCAGGACUCUCACUUCAGUUGCUGAUAGACAUUCGAUCGCUACCUGGCUGCUCUGAAGACGCCAAAGAGCUGUACCGCCUCCUGAAACAGCCGCACCUGCAGGCUCUUCUCUCAGCUCACGAUACGGUGGCCCAGAAGGACUAUGAGCCUGUGCUACCACCAAUGCCUGAUGAACUGCCGGAUGACGAGGAGGCCACGAGGAUCGUCUGCCUGGUCAAAAACAAGCAGCCUCUGGGAGCGACGAUAAAGAGAAACGAGAUCUCCGGGGAGAUCUUCAUCGCUCGAGUGAUUCAUGGAGGGCUGGCAGAUCGAAGUGGUCUGCUGCAUGCAGGAGACAGGAUCGUGGAGGUGAAUGGUUUUCCUGUUGAUGGGAUGGAACCUGAGCAAGUUAUCCAAGUGGUGCAAGCAAGGUCACAAGGCACCAUCAUGUUCAAAGUCAUCCCCAUCACAGAAAGGCCGGUCCACAAUCAGACGAUGCUGUACGUCCGGGCCAUGGCAGACUACAGCCCACAGCAGGACCCGACCAUCCCCUGUGCGGACGCCGGUAUGAGCUUCAGGAAAGGUGACGUGCUGGAGAUUGUGGAUCAGACAGACGCCCUCUGGUGGCAGGCUAAGAAGCUGCCUAACAACACAGCCUGCGCCGGCCUCAUCCCAUCCACCAACCUCCUCAAACGGAAGCAGAGGGAGUUCUGGUGGUCUCAGCCUUAUCAGCCACAUGCCUGCAUACAGACCUUGAGCACUGUAGAGGAAGAAGAAGACCUAAUGGCCAUUGAUGAGAAAUGUGUUGAAGCAGAUGAGGAGGCUUUUGAAUCUGAGGAGCUCAAAGAAGAGGAGGAUGACUACAGCAGCAACACUGAAAGCAUCUAUUUAGCGGGCUUCAGGCGCAGCAUGCGUCUGUGUCGGCGGCGCUCUCACAGCACCACCCAGCCGUCCUGCCACACUCGCUGCCCCAGCAGCUGCUACAACGCCCUCAACAGCCCCUACGAGGAGGUGGUGCGCUACCAGCGCCACCCACAGGACACACACCGCCUGAUCGCCCUCAUAGGUCCGUCUGGUGUUGGUGUGAAUGAACUCCGGAGGCGACUGAUUGAAAUGAACCCCAGCAUCUUCCAGGGAGCAGUACCACACACGACGAGAGCACCCAAAGGAUACGAGGAGUCUGGCAGAGAAUAUCACUUCACCAGCCGAGAAAUCUUCGACAACAUGGUUUACAACAACAGGUUUCUUGAGUACGGCGAGUAUAAGGGGAAUCUUUAUGGCACCUGCAUCGAGUCUGCGAGGGAAGUUUUAAACAGCGGAAAGAUCUGCGUCAUCGACAUCGAGCCAAAUGCUGUACAGGCAGUGAGGACCCAUGAACUGAGGGCGUACCUCAUCUAUAUCAAGCCUCCCCCUCUGGACCGUCUCAGAGAGACAAGACAGGAGUCUUUAAUCACCACCAACUACUACGUCAACAGACCAUUCAAAGAAGAAGACCUCCAGGAGAUUGAAGAAUCCGCCCGGAAGAUCGAGUCUCAGUACUGGCAGUUCUUCGAUCAUGUGAUCAUCAACGAGGAUCUGCAGGAUUCCUGCGUGAAUCUGCUGACAGCAGUGAGGAAGGCACAGGAUGAGCCGCAGUGGGUCCCUGCCAGCUGGAUACGACCUACCGCAGAGUCGUAAGAGAGAAGGGCAGGAGUAGGAGACGACAAGGCUGAGAGGGAUGUGACCCUGCUAUCAUUGCAGCCAUCAUUUUUUAUUUUCUUUUACGGAUUCUUCACUGUGAAUUCUCAACAUGUCAAUCAAUUUCAUGACUACAUGACAUGUUAAAGAUGAGUAGGGCAUGAAAGAAAUCCUUAAAUCCUAAAAGACAAGAUGGAUCUGGACUCAAGCCCAAAGAAAUCCCUAAAACUGUGUCAGAGUUUAAUGUCAGAAGUUCAGAUCUAGAGAUAACUAGACUGCACAAAUAGUUAACAUGUGCUUAUUGGUGCUAGGACUUAUCUUUUAAACAAUGCAGGAGCAUAUUUUUCUGUGCUUUAUUGUCAAUUAGGAAAGGCACAAAUAUCUGCUUUGAACACAGCGUUCUUUAGGAAAUUAUUCACCCUUUAAAAAACGCACAAAAAGGUUCAUUUCUUGCCCUGUUAGCCACUCCACUAAAGCAUGUCCUAAAAUGUAUGUUUACAAAGUAGAGAGGAAAACUGUUUCUUUUGUAAUGUUUAUUUGAAAUGUAUCAUUAUGAAUUUUAGAGUUUCUUGUGGUUGCUGUGUGGUUGUAUUUUUGCAUGCCAAAAGAGUAUUCAAGAUUUACAAAAAAAAACAAAAUAAGCUAUGCAUGGCACAAAAAUUACACUUUGUGUCCCUUUUUAAAAAAAUACAUGAAAAGAUGUCAUAAUAAAAAAAAUGUUCCAGCAAAGUAAUGACAAUUUGAUAUUUGUAUCUGGUUGUAACAAUAAUAAACUGCUUUUAAAUGUCAUCUUG